AGUGUGGGGAGACGAAGGGAUAUUCAGGAUUUGACGUGGUUGCCUGAAGCCUAGACUCAUUCCAUCGGGUCAGAGCCGCUCCAGGAUCUAGAAGGCUCCUCAGUGGCUGCGGAGCUCCGGCUGCUGCUGGAUACGUGGGUGCAAACCAGAUUCCUGAGACCUGCCCACAAUUCCCGUCACUGGGGUAAUACCUGACCAUGCAGCGGAGAUCAAGAGGAAUCAACACUGGGCUUAUUCUGCUUCUUUCACAAAUCUUCCAAGUUGGAAUCAGCAAUAUCCCACCUGUCACCUUGGCAACUCUGGCUCUCAACAUCUGGUUCUUUUUGAAUCCUCUGAAGCCCCUGUUAAGCUCCUGCCUUAGUGUGGAGAAGUGCUACCAGCAAAAUGACUGGCAGCGUUUACUGCUUUCCCCCCUUCACCACGCGGACGACUGGCAUUUGUAUUUCAAUAUGGUGUCCAUGCUAUGGAAAGGCAUAAAUCUGGAGAGAAGACUAGGAAGUAGAAAGUUUGCCUGCAUCAUACCCACCUUCUCUCUGCUCACGGGGGUGGUGUACCUGCUCCUGGAAUUUGCUCUUGCAGAGUUUAUGAAUGAUCCUGACUUUAGAAGGAACUGUGCUGUAGGCUUCUCAGGAGUUUUGUUUGCUUUGAAAGUUCUCAACAACCAUUACUGCCCCGGAGGCUUUGUCAACGUUUUGGGCUUUCCUGUACCCAACAAAUUUGCUUGCUGGGCAGAACUCGUGGCUAUUCAUUUCAUCUCUCCAGGGACUUCCUUUGCUGGACACCUUGCCGGGAUUCUUGUUGGGCUCAUGUACACCCAUGGGCCUCUGAAGAAAGUCGUGGAAACAUGCACAGGUAUUUUUUCCUCCAAUGUUGGUUACCCAGGACAUCACUACUACUUUAAUAGUUCAGGCUCUUCAGGAUAUCAGGGCUAUUACCCCAACGGUGGGCCGGGGUACCCUGAGGAGGCGCCCAGAAACUAUGAGGCCUACACGGCAGGGCUGAGCGAGGAGGAGCAGCUGGAGAGAGCGCUCAGGGCCAGCCUCCGGGACCGAGGAAAUUCCAGAAGCAGUCCCCCGCCCUAUGGGUUCCGGCUCUCCCCGGAGGAGGAGAUGAGGAGACAGCGGCUGCAGAGAUUCGACGGCCAGUGAGGAGCCCGGCCUGGCGCGCGGCCCGGUGCUGAGGUGGCUGACGGUGGGCCGACCCCCAGACUCCCAGAUGACUGAAACAAAAGCAGGGCUCCCUGCCUGCGGUGACCCAUGCUCGUGGCCCCAGAAAGCUGAACUCAUGGGCGGCUUCUCUUGUCCGGAGCAGGCUGCCCACUGCAGGGCACAACUUUCUGGCCUCGUUCACUCCCACAGCAGGCCAGCCCCCACACAGGGACCAGCACCCCCCUCCUUUCUCUCACUGCUGACCCAGCGGAGCCCCCCACUAGUUUUGCCUCUGAAGACUGUGCACUUCACCAGACCCCUGCCACCCUCUGGCAGCCCAGGCCCGCACUGUCUGCGCCUCGACCUCUACAGUAGGACUCGAGGGCCAGGCCUGCCUGGGGGUCACUACCACGUGACACGCCCGGAGUGGAGGGAUGUCUUGGCCGCCUUUGCCCGGGCCUGGGCCAUGUCCGCUGCAGUUGCCACGCACGUGCUCAGCCCUUGGGUCACUCUGCCUUUACAGAACCCCGGCUCGCUCCCUUAGGUACUCCCGGCCCAACAGCCUGGGACCCUCCCAAUCCUGCAGCCCCCGCCCCCAGCCGGGGUGCCGUCCCCAGCCUGGCAGGGUCUAAGCAGCGCCAGAGGUGGUGUGGAGCCCAGGGAGGCAGGCCGUGGGCUGGCCGCUGAGAAAGGCUGCUGAGGAAGCAGCUUCUUUCCUUAUAAAAGUGCCUUGUCAUCAGCCACUGUAACCUGCCACGUGUCCACACGCUGCCCCGGCCCCCGGCGUCAGCCCACACACGUGGGUCCGAUCCCUGGGGCUCCUGGUGCUCACGUUCCGUGAAGGCAGCUAUCAUCAGUGUCCUCCUGCCACCAAAAUGUUUAUUUUUGAAGAGAGUUGGGCGCAGAAUAGGCUGUUCCUAUUUUAUCUUGCAUUUAUAUGUCAUUUUCUGUGUUUGAAUGUAAUAUAUAUAUAUGGGCCUAGUCUGUGCAUAAAGUGAACAUCUGGAGGGAAGUCUGUCCACACGUUUACAGGCGCUUCUUUGGGGAAGGUUACCUUUUGUUUUUUUAUAAUUUUAUACUGUUGUAAAAAAGUAUGUGUAUGUAUCUUUUUGCAGUCAAAAAACUAUGUAAGAAUAAGGAUAAAAAAUGAACUAUGUAAGAAGAAUAAGUUAAGAAAUAAAUAAUUGGAAAUAUAAGCCAGAAGACAGACUUAGAGUUAGUAAGAAAACUGUCUAUUGAUAAAGUUCACAGUAUAAGCAGAAACAUAAUAAAUACAUAUACAGCUUAAAAUCACCUGUUUUCCUGCCACACCGAUGCACUUAACAUUGACCUUGGGGGGACAGAUAAUGCUUCAUCAGCUUUUCUUUCUAUACAGUUGACACCUUUGGGGUAGACCAUUUACUUUUGUAUGAUCUGACCUGGGAGAGGCUUUGUCAUUUGCCAAUAAAUGAAUCAAGAAAACCCCAGCGUCUGAGAGCCCUUUGACCUGACCUCCCGCCGGCACACCAGUAACUCAG